AUGAGCAGUGAUUCGCCCCCUCCCCAGGCAGUGCAGCUCUGCUAUGAGAACCUGAAUGGAUCUUGUGUCAAAAGUCCCUAUUCACCAGGCCCCCGCCUGAUCCUGUACACAGUGUUCGGCUUUGGAGUGGUGUUGACUGUAUGCGGAAACCUCUUGGUGAUGAUUGCAAUUCUCCACUUCAAGCAGCUGCAUUCUCCAGCCAAUUUUCUGACCGCGUCCCUGGCCAGUGCGGACUUCUUGGUUGGCGUGACGGUGAUGCCCUUCAGCACAGUGAGGACUGUGGAGAGCUGCUGGUACUUUGGGCAGAGGUACUGCCAGCUUCACUCUUGUUUUGAUGCGUCAUUCUGUUACGCUUCCAUCUACCACUUGUGUUUUAUCUCUCUGGACAGGUAUGCUGCAGUCACUGACCCCCUGAUCUAUCCAACCAGAUUCACCUCAUCUGUUUCUGGCAUGUGUAUUGCCUUCUCCUGGCUUUUUUCGAUGAUUUAUAGUUUUGCCCUUUUUGGCACAGGUACAAAUGCAGCUGGGCUAGAGGAUCUCGUAAGUGCUCUGUCCUGUGUGGGAGGCUGUCAAUUUACAGUGAAUCAAAGCUGGGUAUUGGUCAAUUUUCUAUUAUUUUUCAUCCCCACCCUUGUGAUGAUAACUCUUUACUCUAAGAUUUUCCUUAUCGCUAAACAUCAGGCUAGAAAAAUCGAAAGUAUGAGCAAGGAGACUGGGACAUCCUCAGACAGCUACAGAGACAGGGUGGCCAAGAGGGAGAGAAAAGCCGCAAAAACUCUGGGCAUUGCAGUGGUAGCAUUUCUGAUUUCCUGGUUGCCAUACUUCGUGGAUUCAAUAAUUGAUGCCUAUCUAGGUUUCAUCACUCCCACAUAUAUUUAUGAAAUAUUGGUUUGGAUUGCUUAUUAUAACUCAGCUAUGAAUCCUUUGAUUUAUGCUUUCUUUUAUCCUUGGUUUAGAAAAGCCAUUAAACUAAUUGUCACUGGCAAAGUCUUGAGAGAGGAUUCCUCAACAAUAAAUUUAUUUUCUGAGUAG